AUGAUUUCCAGGAGCACCAGCCUACAGGUCCUUCAGAGCUUGAUCACUACUAACACCUCACGACGCUGUAUUGGAAUAUCGUUGGACGAUUUCUACUUGUCCGCAGAGGGUCGAGCUAGGAAGGCGAAUGCUACCGGUAUAGAGGCUUUGAGCAUCCGAGGGCCUCCAGGGACCCAUCAGACGCAACGACUGCUGAAGGUAUUGGCUCGUCUCCAUGGCUCCAGCUCUUGCAAUCACGAGCUUGUCCUUCCGCGUUUCGACAAGGCUUUAGAUACCACAGUAGAAGACGAGACGUUCCCUGCUCUCCGACCUGGUGAUAUAUUCCUUCUGGAAGGCUGGUGUGUUGCCGCCCCUCCGCCUCCUACCGAUGAGUCCACGGCUGCUCUCAACAGCCUUGAUGCGGAUCUAAGGUUCCGUGAGUUCGUCGAUGAGGAACUUCGAGGAGAUUAUUCUGAGAUUUGGUCACAACUCGAUGUCCAUGUUCACCUACAGGUCCCGAGUUGGACUUGCGUUUUGCGAUGGCGACAAGACCAGGAGGAUGAGCUCCGUCGUAAAGUAGGAGGUGAUGGUAUCGAUGUGAAGGAGUUUUGCAGAGGAUACGAACGCAUUACCAGGAGAAUGCUGAAAUCAUGUCCAGACGAAGCCGAUGCCGUAAUAUUCCUAGGAGAAGACCAUUCCAUUGCUGGUUGUAAGAUACGCAACUGA